UCAGCAAGGCUACGGAAGCCCAAGAGGUUCCGCCUUUUUUAGCGAAGGGAGGAGAAUUCGGGCAAAGAGAAAGGAGAGCCGUUGUGAGGGUUAAGAAAGGGGGUGGAUUUAAUGGAGCCAUGGGAGGGCGCGGAGCAUGAUGGGAGGCCGCACAUUGCUGUUAGGAAGCAGGAAAAGGCGGGGCUUCUUCAUCUUCCCAUCCACCACCUUCUUGGCUGGACUUCCGGAGAGGCAGAGUGGUGGGCCUCCUCUUGUUUCCCCGCCCCUCCUGCUUGAGUGUUCGGUUGCCAUGGCAGCGUCUUAUCUGGGGCCUAGCGCGGCCUGGACGCCGGAGGGAGACAGGGUGGCGCGGACCCUGGAGGCGGACUUCGAGGAGGAGGAGGAGAGGGGCGAGGGCGCGGGAGGCGUGCUGGGCGGCCUUAGCCGAAGCUACGAGGCCGCCCCCGCGGUUUCUCGGGCGUCGCUCCCCGGGCGCCGGUGGCCCAGCAGGAUCUGCGCGGUGCUCUGCUGCCUCCUGGCCGUGGCCUUCCUGGCCUUCCUGCUCGCCCUCGGCUGCUUGGUACUGAGAGAUUUGAGAUAUGAAAAAGAAAGGGCUGAAGGUACUGUAGAAACAAGUAUUUUAGGAUUUUGGGGUCUUCUUAUUCUGUCAUUAAUGACUGGGCUGUCGUGCUGCAGUUUUUCCUGGACAGUGACAUACUUUGAUUCCUUUGAACCAGGAAUGUUUCCUCCUACCCCACUCUCCCCUGCACGGUUCAAGCGAAUGACAGGACACUCUUUUCACAUGGGCUACAGUAUGGCCAUACUUAAUGGAAUAGUGGCAGCUCUCACUGUCGUGUGGUGUCUUUUUUAGUGUGUAUAGAGAUGUCUCAGCUGUAUAGAAAAUGCACUGUUUCCUACAAGUGUCUCCAGUGCCAUGUACUUUCUCCACAUGAAUACAUUUUUUCUAGAAACCAGCUGGAGGCUGAGAAAGAUUGCUAUGUACAACAAUUAAUCGACUUUCUAACAAAUGUCCAACUGCUUGGCAUGAUAGCCACAGGUGAGAGUGGUUUCAAACUGACUCUGCUUGGUAACUAUUGUGAAGGAAAGGAAACCACUCUGGAUCAGUGAUGUUAAAAUGCUUGUUUUGUGUUGGACUUCUUAAAUGACCUUUAUGCCUUCUUUUGAAUCUUAUUUUGACAUGAUGCAUACGUAAGUACAAGCCUUGGACUUUUAUGUUCCCCAAGGAGCAAAAAGGUGGUGUGGAAACAUUUCUUUUCUAUGACAGAUCAGGGAUUGAAAUAAAUGUAAACUUCUAGAAUGUUAUUGUUACUAGACAUUUUUGCUCUAUAGAUGUCAACGGUAAUCAAGAUUUGCACAUCAAAUGUAAACAGCUUUAAAUUAUUCUAUAUUUUUAAUGAUUUAAAAUUAUGUUUCCUGUAAAUAUGUAAGAUAUAACACAGUUAAUACAACUUUCUUCACCUGGUGCCUUUUGGAGAUUUUGGUCUCUCAUUAGCCCCAUCAAGAAUGGCUAGAGGUCAGGAACACUUGUACUCUAAAAUAUCCAGAGGGUUGUAUAAGAAAAAUAAAAAGCUGUAAAUCUAGAUUUAUUGUGAUCUUUAUUCUGUUCUAUGAUGGAGGAAAACUUAUAUUUUAUAGAAGGUGUACAACCUUCAGAGAGACUUGACUUUAAGAAAGGAGGCAUACAGCACACACCAUUUUCUUCCCCUCACUGUUGCUUUUGCCUUCUAAUAAUGCAACCUGGUAAAGUUUUUGUUAAAAAAUAAAAUAAAAACAGCUGUAGAAAAAGAAAGCAAAAGUAACCUGAGAACAGAACUUUGUAGAAGGAAAAUUCCCACCAACAGAAGCAAAUACUAGAUGCAGACACAGUAAUAACGCUAUAUUAAGGCAGGUUUGAGUGAAUGUAGCUUUGCUUUCAGAGGAUUAAGCAGUUUGACAGUUACCUUUUGCUAAAAAUGUUUUUCAGUUUUUAGAAGAUACUUUUUCAGUGAGUCACACUAAAUAAGACUUUUAUUAGAGUACAUGCCUGAAAUAAUUAUUUGCAUGUGAAAAUCAUGAUUUUGAUGUUGAGAAAGAUCUGUCUUAAAUUCUCAUUUCUUUCUGUAUGUUUAUUAUCCCAUUAUUCUAAAUAAGGACAUUUUUGAAUAAUGUAAUUUGUUGUCUUCUAAUAGCCAAGAUCCAGUAAUACUGGGUACUAGAGAAGAUCUGUUGAAUUAAUAGGAUCUACAGGAUCUUAUUAUUUAGCACUUUAUCCAAGGAAUCUUCUCUAGCUGGAACUACCAAUUAAAUGUAGGCCUUUAUGAUAGCUUUUAUAUGUGUUUUAAGUUAUCAUGGAUGCAAUAUUAAACUAGGAAUUUGCGUUGACCUAAACAAACCCUAGGCUCUUUCUUCAUUUGUCACAAAUACAAGAGGUCUUGCUUAACCAUCUGAAAGUAAAGCUACCUUCACUCAAACCUGCCUUAAUACAGGGUUAUUACUAUGGCCUUACAAUUAAAGUUAUGUUUAUUGUCCACAUUUAGUCUUUGCUUCUGUUGGUGGGAAUGUUCCUCAAUUAAAUAUUGCUCAUUACAUCUGAGGACAAACUUGGUUAGCAUUAAAUUUAAGAGGUCAACACAAUUUUGGCUUACAUUGCUAAAUCAGGCAUGGGCAAAUUUCGGCUCUCCAGGUGUUUUGGACUUCAACUCCAACAGUUUGUAGUAGCCAGUAAGCUGGCUGGGAUUUCUGGGAGUUGAAGUCCAAAAUACCUGGAGAGCUGAAGUUUGCCUAUGCUUUUGCUAAGUCAUAGUAAAAGUUAACCAUAGUUUCACAUUUAGCCAUACAGGGUGUUUGAAAAAUAACUCCCUUGUUUUAAGUUAAAACGCAUUAAAACUAGGGAGUUCUUUUUCAAACACCCUGUAUGAUAGGAAUGAUUGAAAAGGGGGAAUGAAAUCUACAUCUCACAGACACACCAGUGGAACAGAGGCGAAAGAAUGAGCACAAAUAUUGUGUCUAAACCAAAUGUGCUUGCUUGCCUUGUUUAUUGAGCACUUUGAAAGAGUGGGCUGUGUUUUAAUAGCCACUAUGAACUGUAUGCUAUAUAUAGUAUUAAAAUAAGUGCCAAGAUAGCUUAUUAAAACAUUGUAAUUUUUAAAAAGUUAUCAUUCUGACCUGAACCAAUAACUGGUCCAUGUUACAUAUGCACCUGUAAAUACAUAUUGUUUUGUCUACAUAGUAUUUUCCUACAUUCAAAAAAAAUGCAGUAAUUUCUUAUGGCAAUAAAGUAUUUUGGUCAUAUUU